UUUUUUUUAUUCUGAUGCUGAUCUUUUAAAAGACAUUUAUACCGUGAACAAGAAAUAUUUAUUAGUGCAGAAACAAUGCACAGUACAGUUCUUAUCAAGUUGUAUUAACAAAAGUUAUAUAGAACAUUUAGCAAAGGUGCAUUACACAACAUACUGCUUUUAACCAGCUGUUAUUUACUUAGAUGGGGUCAUCUUUUGGAAAGUCCCUUAAUUUACACCAAAAGGCUGUGUGGUUGAGUCUAGAAUAAUAUGCUUGGUACAGUGCCCUCCAGAGGUAUUCAUACCCCAAGAACUUUUUUAAGAGUUUGUCGUGUAAAACAACCUUUAUUGGAAUUUUAUGAUUGACUAGCACACUGAUCUCUAAUGCCGUCCUGUGCUGUCAACUGCUUUCAGAAGUCGAAUAAUUAGUGAACAAGAGUGGACUUGCGUGUAAUUUAUUCCCAGCUGUUCUGUGAAGGCCUUAGAGGUUUGUGAACAAAGCAUCAUGGAGACAAAUAUAAUUAUAUUAGGUUAUAAACCAGUGUCCUGAGUUUAGAAGCUCUCAAGUCUCUAAGUGAGACUCGAGUUUCCAUCUCUGCCACAGAAUGAUGCUGCCACCACCAUGUUUCACCGUGGUGAUGGUGUGUUCGGUGUGAUGUGUAGUGGUGUUUUGUCGCCAAAAAGAAUGUUUUGCAUGUAGCCCAAAAAGUUGAGUUAGAAUCUAAAUUAUUCAGCUAUAUGAAACUUUGUGUUGGUCUAUCACAUAGAAUCCCUAUAAAAAACAUUUAAGUUUAGGUUGUAACGUGACAACAUUAAAUUAAGAGUAUUCAACUGAAAAUACAAAAAUCUAGUCCAAACGUAUUUAUUUAUUAAAAUACGUUUGGGCGACGUCAUUCUUGUGCGCCGACGUGAACAGGUCACCGUCCAGACGGCUCAGGGGCGGAGUCACCCCGGCGGUCAGAGUUCCGUGUGACACCUGCUAGCCUGUCAAAUGAAAUCUCCGUUGUCUCACGGCGUCUUCCACUUCAGUCGUUUUCUGUCGAGAAGGCCGAAGGUCGACGGACAAAAACACCAGCAGACAUGUCGUACUGCAAGCAGGAGGGUAAGGAUCGGAUUAUCUUCGUGACCAAGGAAGACCAUGAGACCCCCAGCAACGCUGAGCUGAUAGCAGAUGACCCCGAUGAUCCUUAUGAGGAGCAGGGCCUGAUUCUGCCCAGCGGAGAAAUAAACUGGAACUGCCCCUGCCUGGGCGGCAUGGCCAGCGGACCCUGCGGCUCUCAGUUCAAGGAGGCGUUUUCAUGCUUUCAUUACAGCAAGGAAGAAGUGAAAGGCUCAGAGUGUAUCGAGCAGUUUCGCAGCAUGCAAGAGUGCAUGCAGAGGUACCCCGAGCUUUACCCCCAGGAGGAAGAGAAGGAAAGCUCCUCCCAAGCAGAAUCGGGCUCUGCUGCCGCUGACAGCUCUGGCUUAUUGUCUGAGAGUGACUCUGCUAUAGAGGUUUCACCAGACAGCAUGUUGCCUACAGACAGCCAGACACCUAGCUAAAGCCUGUCUAACCAUCACAGAGUGACUCUCCUUGAGCCGUGGACGGGUCGAACCACUGAAGGCUAUCCUACAGAACAACAGCAGAGGACUUUGCAAACGUGCAAAACAACAUCUUGAUUUGUUUUCUAAGCACUAAAACUUUGAGCAUGGACUUGAGUUGUAAGAUUCUCAUUACAUUAUAUGCAACAGUAGUUUAUGUUGUUGCUUCUUCUGACAAACAGAAGAGCCGUUUUCUUCUGUCAGUGUUCUGUUAAUGUGAGCUAAUCAGGAGCACCAUUUAAAAAAAUCAAAAUAAAUAAAAAAAAAGACCUAAAAUCCAAACUGACAAUAGUUUGAUGUUUUAACUAACGAUUACUGUGUUUUGGCCAAUCACUGAUUAUGUUGUGAACUGCCCACGUGCAGACGUGACCUAGUCUGUCAGAGCCCUCUCUCAGCAAAGCAAAAGGGUACAGUGGGUGAUUUUCAGACCUUUGCGGAGGUAGAUAAGAUCGGUUUAACAUGUAAGUAUCGGCCAAUUGAUUGGCCGGCCAAUCAGUCGGUGCACCCUAGUUUUAACUGUUUUUCCAAACCAGAUAUGUGUCAAUGUUUAACAUCAAAGCUUUUUUGUCAUUUGAGACUAAAACACGUGGAAAAAGAAGAGCAAGGUCGCUAUAUGCCAUCAGUGUGAUGUAUGUGUUCUGAUGUUUCUAACUCUGUCCAGUCGAAACUUCCAACCCUGCACGGGACAGUAGGCGAUGAUUAUCUGUGUCUUCAUUAAUGUUCCUGCUGUCAAAGGGUUGCAGAAGUCACCUUCAUGUUUUUUUAAAGGUGUCUUGGUGUUUGUGACAAAUUCUGUAUUAAAAUGGUCAUCUGGUUUUUUUUUUUUCUCUCUCAGAUUUCAUGUUUUUCUUAAGACGAGGAACAAUAUCUAUACGUUUUAUGUAAUGUGUGUUUUAUUUAGUCAGCAAGAGAAAGCUGAUUAACGAAAGGCCAGGGCUAGAUGUUUUCUGGAGACCUCACAUUGAGGCCAGAAAGCUCACCAAUAAGAUUCAAGAACAAAAAAUAAACUUUUCAAGUAAAUAUAA